GCGUACGGGGCGGGCCGAAGGUUCCAGAAGCGGCGGCGGCGGCGACGGCGGGGCCGCACCAUGAAGGCGGCGGCGGAGGCUGGGGCCGGGCCGGGGCUGGGGCCGUUGCUCGGGACCGGCUCCGUGUCGCUGGUGGUGAGCAGCAGCCUGAACACCUUCUGCGCCCACAAGCGUUACAGCACCGGCCUCACCAUUGCCGAGUUCAAGUGCAAACUGGAGCUGGUGGUGGGCAGCCCGGCCUCCUGCAUGGACCUGGAGCUGUACGGUGCUGAGGAGCAGCUGCUGGGACGCCUGGACUGUGACGAGGCCCUGCUGGGCUCCUACCCCGUGGCCGAUGGCUGCCGCGUGCACAGUCCCUUUGGUCCUUCCUGCGCCAGCAGCGUUGGGGACAUUAUGACGCUGAGGGGACACGGCGCCGGGCAGACGAGCAGCAGCAACGCCGGGCCCAGGAAGCAGCGCUGGCGGCCGCCCUCCCCCUCGGUGCCCGUUGUCAAGUCCGGCUACUGGGACAACCCUCCAAACUUGCCACCAUCAUGUUUGUGGGCCAAACCCACUUCAAGCGAGGCUACUGGGUGGGUGUCCGCUAUGAUGAGCCGCUGGGCAAGCAUGACAGCAGUGUGGGCGGCCGCCGUUAUUUCGAGUGCCAGCCCAAAUACGGCGCCUUCGUCAAACCCCAGAGCGUCACCCCCGGGGACUUCCCCGAGGAGGAGGACGGCCUCAAGGAUGAGCUGUGAGGGGACACUGGGGCGGGGACACACUGGGGGGGAUGGGACACACUGGGACAUACAUACACACACACCCACACACACGCACGAUGCUGGGGACACAGCGGGGGGGGGCACUGGGGGAAACCACAGCCUCAAAUCGCUGUGUUUUUCCCUUGUUUUGGGGUGCCCCCCCCCAGCGCAUUCCAGUGCUGGUUUGAGCCCCCAAAAUUCCGCCCCCCCCCCGCCUCUGGCGGGGGGCGGGGCUCCCCGCGCCAGCCACGCCCUCUCCCCGCUAGAAGGUGGGGGGGAGAGGGCGUGGCGUGCGGUGUGCUGCAGCCAAUGGGCGGGCGAGUUGGGGAGGAGGAGGCGGUGCCGGAAGGAGUGGCCAAUGGGCGGGAGCCGCCGCCAGCGCUGCCCCGCCCCUCCUCCCCCUCCGCGGGGCACCGGCGGGGCGGCCCCGCCUCAUAAAGUGGCGUUUUAAGGUGGAA